UGAGGUCACAAAAAAGUACCUGGCGAAUUCUAGCGAGUUUUCACGUGAAACACGCGGUCAAAAGGAAAACAUUGUGAAAAGUGAAUAAAAACUGUGGAAAAAUUGUGAAAAUAAUCCUGGAAGACGAUGGGAAAGACACGGAAGCAGCGAGUGCGCAAUGGGAAGGUUGAUCCCAUUGGAGCAGCUGAUGCUGCCGAGGAGGAUCUGGUGCCCAAUACAAAGUCCGAUGGUCCAGUGAUGGUGAUCCUGGAGCAAUUGCAAUCUCCCAAUCUCGAGGAGAAACUCAGUGGGCUGCAGAUGCUAUCAACAAUCUGCCACAUCCAGCAGAACCUCAUUGAAAUCCUGUCCAGUGAUUUGAUCAGAAUUGCUGCCCCAUUGCUCAUGGAUACGACCUCCCCGGCGCUCCGGCAAGCUGCAGCCGGAGCUUUUAGGAAUUUGUCAGUUUGUGGCGUGGAAAUGUGUGAAGUUCUGGUGGAGCAGGAUGUCCUAACGCCCCUGCUGCAGCUGCUACAGAUCUAUGCGGACAAGGCUGACUGGACACCAAAGUUUGACCAGCAAUUUGACAAUCAAUUGGAUGAGGUGAGUGACACUUUCCUGCAUGCUGUAAAUGUACUGUGGAAUCUCUGUGAGAGCACCUCCCUUGCCGUGGAUAUGUUCAAUCAAACCCAGCUCCUGGAGAGCUUUGUCCGUUGCCUGAAUUUUGAGGUUUUCGGGAUGGAUAUUGCAAUAGCUGUGUCUCAGUGUUUGUUGAUCAUCUCUGAGGACAAUCCUACGUCCUGGAGGGUCUUGAGUUCAAGCGGGGCAGUUUUUGGGGGUCUUCUUACGCUCUCCGGAGGCUUUCCGGAAGUCCUCUUGCGCACUCUAUCGGCUGGAAUUAUGGCCAAUGUGCCAGCUCUGGCUGAACCCUACCUUCAGCAAAUCCUAACCUCCCUAUCUAAGACUUUGGAUGAGAAUCACCGGACAGUUCUGGGCAGUUUGAGCAGUGAUCUGCCUCUGCUGCAGAAGGAAGAAGUGCCAGAAUUGGAAGUUACCGAGGAGAGUCGGAGGAUGGAAGUGGAAGAAAGUGAGGAAGCUGCAGCUAAGCGAAGACGCCGAGCUGAUCUUCCCACGCCCCUGGAGACCAAAGUGAAGCAUGUCGGAUGGCUCCUGGAAGCUCAACGAGUUGCCGGAGAGACCCUGACAAAUCUCUCCUCGGCAGAUGACGAUGCCAAUGUCACGGAUGACUUCGAGGAGGAUUCAGAGGCAGAGUCUGUCAAUGACUUUGAUCCCGCCACCGGGAUUGUCGUCUGUGACAAACUUCCCAUAGAAAUCCUGGAAGGGAUCAAGUCUCUCAAUAUCAUCGAGAAACUCUGGCAGAGAGCUCAACCACUUCCAGAAAAUGUCUACCAAAUCCUCCAGGAAUGCGAACGGGCCCUAACGAAAAAGCUCAAAACUCUCCGGAUAUCUGCCCUGCUCUGCCUCCAGAAUCUCUGCAAUACCAUGUCCACGGAUGAUCUGGGAGGAGCUUCGGCCAUUUACAAUGUCUGGCUCGAUUUGGGUCAGCAAGUAUUCCAAGGAGACAAUGAUGCCCAUCUCCUGGAGGCUUCUACAGCCCUCAUGAGAGCCUCCCUGGAACACCUCAAAGGAUGCCCAGAACUCUUUGAGAAGAUGACAGAGAAUGACCUGCAACUGAUGCUCAAUGGAGUGGAAAGUUGUUCAGAGGCUGAAAUCCGGGCCAAUUGGUUGAGAAUGUUGGGAAUUCUUGGGUGUUUGUUGCCGGAAAAUCUUGUUAAAAUCAUCAUAACGUUCAUUCUGGAGACGAGCAUGAAAGAGAGCGAUGCCUGGGCUAUUUCAGAAGCCAUGGAUUCACUCAUGGACAUGUUCUCGGACAAUGACUGGAUCCAAAUUGUUUACGAUGUGAACCUGGUGCAGAAAUCGAGAGAUCUUGAGAGGAUUCUCAAAGCAAAGCUUCGACAGCAGAAAAGGGACCUGGGGGAUCGCUAUCCCGCUGUAGCUACUGUGAGAACAAACCUGGCCAGAUUCACCAAGUACGUCGAAGCUGGACUGAAGAAAUACAAACCGCUGACGUGAAAAUCACUCAAAGUCGUUGCAAUUGAAAAUAAAAAGAAAAACUUAGUAAUUUUCAUUGUAAUUUAAUUGUAUAGAGAAUGUGCUUUUUUUUUAAAUACUUCUACAAUGUAAUAAGGAUUAUUGUAUUUUCUACAACUUCCGGCAGCGUCUCCGGACUCGACUGUAUGCUGCUGUAUUCAUCAUGAUGAAUAAAUUGUUGUAUAAAUUAA